GAAGCAGUGACCAGAAACCACACCAUAUUAUCCAUAGUCUGACUCUCAACCCGGUUUCAAAGUGUUCUAAGUGUUUCAAAGAUGACAAUGAGGUAUUUCUGCGCAAUUCGAUCUGCCCCGUUUAUACCUCUACCCAGUGAAAGUUUCAACUCUUCAAGGACUCGAGUGGCUUCCAGUAGAAAAGUCUUCUUCUGUCAUGCAAAGUUUGCAGAUUCUGGGAUAGAGGGUACGGUUAGUUUAAAAAUGGUAUCUCCAACUCUUCUAGCGGCAGAAAAAGAAGAAGCCAAGGCUGUCUUAACCUUGUUCUUGAAAAAACAAGGUUUGAGUAAUGUUGUUGCUGCAAGAACCAUCAAUAAGUCAGACUCCUUUAUUGAACACCUAAUCUCAAGGCUUCAUGUUGUUCACAAAUCUCGUUAUCUAGUAGGAAGGGAGUUAACAACCCUUGAGAUCAGGGAGGCUCUUAUUCCUUACCUUGAAACCCUUCAUGAGGAGAACGGAAAUCUUAUAGUAGAAGUGGUCGAAAGCUUUCCAAACCCACCUGUUAAAGAAAAACCCGUUUCACCUGUUUCUCCUUCUGAUACACCCGAUACACCUGUUACACCCAUUACAUCUGCCAACAGUAAGAAGUUGAAAGCCGUAUCCCGAGUGAGUGAGACAGACCUAGACGGGAAUCUUCGACCUAACAUCCUCUACCUCCAAGAGCUUGGCUUGGAUCUUGAUCAGAUUAAAGGAAUUACACGAAGAUUUCCCUCUUUUGCAUACUACAGCUUGGAGGGAAAAAUAAAGCCAGUAGUUGAGUUUCUUCUUGAUCUUGGUGUGCCAAAAUCAGAUAUUCCCAACAUCCUUUACAAGAGGCCUCAGUUGUGUGGAAUCAGUCUCCAUGAAAAUAUUAGACCUACCAUGAAGUUCUUAGAGAGUUUGGGGGUGGACAAGACACAAUGGGCAAAAGUGAUUUACCGCUUUCCAGCUUUGCUCACUUAUAGCAGGCAGAAGAUGCAGGCCGCUGUAGAUUUUCUUUACGAGAUCGGCCUGUCCAAAGAGAACAUAGGUAAGGUUCUAACACGUUGGCCAAAUGUUACAAGUUAUAGUGUGGAGGACAAGUUACAGCCUACUGCCAAGUAUUUUCGCUCAUUAGACGUUGAUGUUUCCGUCCUUGUUCUUCGAGCUCCACAAACUUUUGGUCUAAGUAUUGAGGCAAAUUUGAAGCCCAUCACAGAAUUUUUCUUGGAGAAUGGAUACACCAAGGAGGAAGUCGGGACCAUGAUUUCAAGAUAUGGAGCAUUAUACACUUUCAGCUUGACCGGGAACUUGAUUCCAAAGUGGAAGUUUUUCUUGACCAUGGACUAUCCAAAAUCAGAGCUUGUCAAAUUCCCUCAAUAUUUUGGUUACAGCUUGGAAGAAAGGAUCAAACCCAGGUAUGCACUUAUGAAGGAAUGUGGGGUGACAUUACUACUGAACCAGCUAUUGUCACUAUCGCGUAGUAAUUUUGACAAGGCAUUAGAGGCGAAAAUAAAGAAGCUAGUUCCAGACGAAGAUCAAAGUUCUUAAUAGCCUCAGGGGCUAUUGAACUGUGAAAUAUUUGAGCAGAUAUUAGAAGAAAUCAGGAUUCAAAUACGCGGGAGCAUUACCGCCAUGCCAUGACUAGGCCAGAUUCCUGAACUUUUACAUUUACCUCAGAGAUAUAGAGCCUCAUUCUUGUAACUAAGUUAUAUUGCCUAUAAAAAUGAACAUGACAUUGUACAUCUGACAAAAACCAUGGGCGUUUUCUGUUUUCUUCUCACCGGUGAGCUCUAACCAAGCUGCAUGAAGUUCCUUUGCAGCAUCUAUUUCCCAGGCCCUUUCUUCUGUACUGAUCUUUCUAAUAUCAUCUACCUGAAAAGCUAGUGGGAACUAUAAUGCUUUGAUCUUAUUACCAAACUGUUACAAGUUCACUCUUGGGUGAAAAUGGAUCUAUUCUAUUCUAAAUUCUGAUAAACAUAUUCUGAUAGGAUUUCAGUA